AUGCGACUGUCCAAGCCGACGCUCCAGUUUCAGCCGCCGGUGCUAGUCGAAGCCGACGACGCUCCCUACCCACUCUCCAAAACCGGGGAAGAUCAGCCGACUAUGACCUCUUCCAACGUACAGAACGCCUUCUCGCUCAGCCCGGGCCUCAAUCUUCCCCGUGCCUUCGGUAACAUCUACGUCGGCGAAACGUUCUGUAGCUAUAUCAGCCUGUACAACCACACCCAGAGCGACCUCCACCUCGUAGGACUUCGGGCGGAACUCAACACGAAGGUCCUCAAGAACUUGCUCAUCGAUCAAACCACAGCCGGGUCAAUCCAGCGACUAGCGGCCGGGGAGAGGCAUGACUUCAUCGUCCGCUACCGCGUAGUAGAACCCACCAUGCACAUACUCGUCUGCACCAUCUCUUAUGCGAAGGGCGGCGAAAAGAAGUCCUUCCGCAAGUUCUUCAAGUUCACCGUCGUCGACUCCUUCGAGUGGAAGCAGCGCAUAUUCCACAUCAAGGAUGAUACGCUCCUCGAGGUGCAACUGCGAAACGUGGCGCGCAACGCCGUGUUCCUAAACAACGUCAAGUACGGACCCGCAUUCAACCCGGGCACGGCGCGAAGCUACCUGUUCCAGCUGCGACCGCGGCGAGGCGCCGCCGACGCGACGAUGUACACCAAGCGACUGCGCAAUCGGGUGAGCGACGCGGAUAGCGCCGGCGCCAACGAGGACGACGAGGAAACCGACAGCUCCACCAGCGACGAGAUGCAGAUCGAGUUGGCCCGGAUCAAGCUGGAGGCCGACGAAAUGGUCCUGGGAAAACUCCUGCUGUCGUGGCACACGUCCUUCGGCGAAACAGGAACCAGGAAGAUUCUCGUCAAACACAAGCCGAGCCCUUCGCCGGAAGUCGAGAUCAGCAUCACGAGCAUUGCGAGCGCCAUCACGCUGGAAACGCCCUUCCCGGCCACUGUGACCGUGACCAACAAGUUGCCGAGACCGAUUUUGCCGUGGGUGCAGCUGGCCCAGGACCACACGGCCAAUGUGGUCGCCGCGGGCUUGUCCGCCGGCUUUAAAUUGGAGGAGAUACCAUCAGGCGGUUCGAAGAGUGCCGAGGUGGCCUUCCUGCCGCUGCAGGCGGGCAUACAGACCAUCACAGGCAUCUCCGUGCUCGACAAGAAGACCGGGCGCGUCUACGCCUGUCCCGACCACGAAAUCCUCGUCCUCCAGCCGCCGAUCCCAUGA